UCGCAACCGAAAAAAUGUGUCAUUUUUGAUACGUGCCACACUUUGAAGAGUCUUUCGAGGUGUAAAUGUUACAUUUGGAGAGCUGAUUGUCACAUCGGAGUUUUGUGAAGACAAUGGAUCGUUGCGUCGCGUUAAAGUUUUAUUUUUGCGGUCUUUCCACAGUUUUUCCUGGAAGCACCAAUGCUGCUGCAGUACAGUCACCCUAUAACGUGUUUUAUGUAUUUGGCGGUGAUUUUAUUUAUAUCAUUGAACCGGAAAGCAGAAGGUUGAUUGAUACAAUAAGCAAUGUUUCGUCACCAGGAAUUUGUACAAAGGGUUCAAACCGAGUCUCGAUCAACGAGUGCUGGUUUAGUGGUGCGCAGGUCAUCGACGGACAUGUUUACGCCUUGGAUUAUUUUGGAGGUGCAGUUAAAGUAAUUGAGGCGAAGACACGACAGUUAAAGAACACCAUUAAAACAGAUGCAUUGCCGGUUGGUGUGUAUGAUCUGCGUUGGCUGCGGGAAGCCUGGGUCCACUCGUGGAGUAAAUCUACACUUGACGUCAUCAAGACGGAUGUGGGCAUUCGUACCCAUAAAGCUAUAAAAGCCCACGUCGACCCGGGAUGGACCCACGGUGAUAUGAUGGCCCAUGAAAAAUUGUUGGAAGGUCACUAUGGUUACGUCACUCACAUAACCAACACGGGAAUGCACAAGGUGAAUUUGGUUGACAAAACAUACGUCAAAUUCCUCAAUUUCACAGGACAUGGCUGCACAGGUACAUGGAGAAUGGCCUUCUCGCCAGUUAAUCAUCGUAUUUACGUCGAAUGCAGAUUCGGUCGCUAUCAGAAGUCAAUACUGGAACUCGACCCUUCCACUGACAAAGUAACAUCAAUCUUUCCAUUUCCUGGUCAACCAUACGCCUCCCCAAAUGGUCAUUAUAUUGUCACACUUUAUCGCAGUGGAGACAUCAGUCGAGUCAACAUAAUCGAUCUGUCUGGACAACAUAGCAAGAUAUACCAUCAACGUGAUGUCCCAGGAGGUGUAACAGACGCAGUUUUUUAUCCCAAAAGUACAAAUCCCGAUUCUUAUUAUGUAUUCAUGGCACUUCAAAACACAAAUAGGAUGGCGGUCAUUGAUUUGGAGUUGGCUUCGCAAAGAGACAACAAUGCUUUGAAAUACAUCAAUGACGUUGAUUUUGCGGACACGACUCGUUUCCGUCGUUCGCGAAAGUUGUUCAUAAACGGAAAAUGGAUCAUUUCGGCCGCGUCGAGAACGAACACAGCUGUCAUCGUUAAUGCUGAGACCCAAAAGGUUCAUGGGAAGAUUGUAAAUAUUGAUCACGGAGAUGAAGCUAUUUGGGUUCAUAAUUCAGGACCAAGUGGUCCUAGGUCCUUCUUGGUGAUGAUUUGGCUUUGUUUGUUCUUGAAAUUUUUCUUUUAAAAUGUGAAACUUUUAUACCUGUUGCAAUGGUUUUUGUCGCAUCUCAAUUCGUCGCCAAAGCACUGUAUGCGAGUAAACGACUAUUGUUUAUAAGUUUGCAAUUCUGUCAAAAAUGUUUUAUUUUGUAUAAUGAAACAUCCGUCAUUUUAGUGUUUCUGUGUUUAUUGAACAUGCAAGCUUGGUAUUCGUAUUUCAACAUUUUUACUCUAAAACAAUAAUUUUAUUCAAUAAAUUGUACUACUUUAUAUAAAAA